UACGUGCCCUUUGGUGACAGACCGCGGCUUGCUUUGAUCGAGCGCACGUGAACGCAUUUGCGUGCUGUCAGUUUCAAACGAACAAAUAUGGAUGUUCAAAAAUCGUCCAAUUUCUCCCGAACGGAUCAGUGAAGAAACCAAACCAAAACCGACCACGACACUAGGUCUGGAUGGAAAACCGUCUUCUCUAGUUUAGAUGAACAUGCCACCUUGGAUCGAUGGUGCAACGAUGAAGCUGCCCACCAGCACUGCGGAAAAACGGGAACACCAAAUCAAGUCAAAUUUUGCCAAACCUUCUAUCGCCGUCCAAUCAUCAUCAAUCAUGCACCGAAAAAGCAGCGGCAGUAGGAUUUCGAAUGACACUUGCUGCAGCAGCCGUCACACUGGUUCCUCCUGCUCCUCCUCCUCCCUGACGGUGGUGGGUUCCUGCUGCUACCGGUUACGGUUACGAUGGCUGGCGGGGCUGGUAACGCUGAUGACGGUACUGUCGAUGGCGGACGCAAUUUGCGACGCCGAACGGUGGUGGGAUCCGGCCCAGGCAGAAUGUGUGCCGUGCACGGUGUGCGGCGAACAGCAGCUGGUGCUGCGACCCUGCCAGGAAUACAUGGACACGGUUUGCGGGACUAUGAAAGAUCUUGACAUGGAUCUUGGUCAGUUGGCUCGCGCCGAAAACAACAACAACAACAACCACCACGAACAGCGCCACUGGAACGAGGACCGCCGGCACCGCCGGCCAGAUCAUUUACUGCACGGCCAAUCGCAUGCCGGCAACGGCCAGACGGCACAGCACCAGGUGAGCAGUCGCAAGAAGGAAAACACCGAGGAAAUUAUGUGGGACUGGCAGGCGGCCUCGCUGCUGCUGGCGAUCAUCGGAUGUCUGCUGUUCUUCUUUGCCGCCGCCAUUAUCGCGCUGAACCAGACGCGCCAGUGGAGGCGAAUCGAGAAGCACUUCGACGCGGAUAUGGAAGCGUUAUCCACCCAGCUGAUGAAUCACCUGUCGAGCAUGCAGCAGCUCGAGAACGGUUCGAUCUUCCUGGACGACGUAAUCGGUGGCGGCGGCGGCGUCGGCGGUGGCGUCGGUAGCCACAGCAUCAGUGCUGAUCAGCGUCGAUUUCGCAGCGGAGUAGGAGCCGCCGGGCUCCUCGGCGGAGGUCAUCACCAGCACCACCAUCAUCACCACCAUCCGAUUGAGGUGCGCUGCGUCUACUUGGAUCAGUUGCUAGACGACAAACACACCAUCCAACGGCAGGGAGCGGGAAAUCUGUACAUCGAGGAAAACAGCGACCGACUGUCCCCGAUCGGCGUUGGUGGUGGUGGGGCCGGUGCCACUGUGGCGAGUGGCACAACACCCCAGCAACCUGCUGCUGCUUCCACCCACCAGCAACAGCACCAUCAUCAUCAACCGCUGGUCAGAAUGUACUGA